AUGAACGUGAGACCUGCCAUCGAUAGCACCACCUAUCCUGCAGCUCUGUCAGUAUCAUUUAACCAAGAUUCGAGUUGUUUCUCGGUUGGAAUGGAUUCUGGCUUUUCUAUUUUCAACUCAGACCCCUGUGAACUGCAGGUAUCUAGAGAUCUCAAUGCAGGAAUCCACUAUGUUCAGAUGUUAGGAAAGACAAACUUUAUCGCAUUGAUUGGAAAUGGAAAAUCCUCUAGAUUUCCCCAGAACAAAGUGAUGAUUUGGGAUGAUGCAAAACAGAAAAUUGCCCUGCAAAUACAGACCCCUGCUGACAUCAGGAAAGUUUGCAUAUCAAAGUCAUAUAUCUGUCUCAUUUCACUUAAUAUUGUUGAGGUUCACAAAUUUCAGCGUUUUCCCGAACUUUGGCAAUCGUUUGAGACAAGUGACAACCCCCUCGGUUUGUGUUGCCUCGGUAAUCAAUUAGUGGCUUUUCCCGGAAGAACACCAGGCCAGAUCCAACUGGUUGAGCUAACGACCGGCAAUGUAAGCAUCAUACCGGCCCAUGGUUCUGCGUUAAGGGCCCUGGAAAUGAGCAAAGACGGUCGGAUUUUGGCAUCUGCAAGUCAGACUGGAACUCUUAUUCGCAUAUUUGCUACACAUAACUGUGCUCGCAUCACUGAACUAAGACGUGGAGUCGAUAAUGCCAUUAUUUUCUCGCUAGCUAUUUCUCCUUCUAAUAAGCAUCUAGCGGCAACUUCUGAUAAGGCAACCAUUCACAUAUUUGACAUUCCUAAGUUGAGCACCUCCAUUUCAACAGGCCCAAGUAACCACCUAGAAGUCAAUUCUGCCAGCAGCACAUGCGAAGGAAAAGAAACUAAUAACAGUCGAAAAUGGGGAGUUCUAGGAAGAAUGCCGCUUUUGCCAAGAGUAUUUUCAGACAUUUACUCCUUCGCCUCUGCUCACUUUGAAAUCGGCGAUGACCAGUUACAUAUGCCUUCAAAUGUAGAUUCGGGCCUUCAAGUGCCCAAGGGUGUCUUAGGAUGGAUUGAUGAUGAGGCUCUUAUCGUUUUGAGUGCUGGUCUUGACAGUAGAUGGGAGAAGUUUCUCAUCGUCCAAAACGGGGAUGGAACGAGGCAUUGUGUACGAAAGGGGUGGAAAAAGUAUCUCAAUAUUGGGUGA